AUGGUGCACUUGGGCAAGGUCGCUACCGACAAGGAGCGUAGACAGAGCAUUGUCCCUGCACUGCAGAAUCUCAAGUUUGAAAACGAGGAAGAGGACGAAGAUAACACUUCUCGGCCCACGAUCGUUCCUGCCUCCUGCAUCACAGCACUCACCUCAAGCUCCGUUGGCAUUGCCGCGCGACGUACAGUCAAGAUGAAGCGCUUCACAGGUCUCCUGAACCGCACCAAGAGCAUAUCGCAACGAGCCUCCUCAUCCAACCGCGACAGCACAGCCAACAACUUCGACAACGCACCCGUCGACUCCCCCGAAGCCAACGCCCCGCGCGCUAUCCGCUCCUUCUGCGAAUCUGGCUCCAACAGCAAUGGCGGCGAAGAAGUCCUCCACCUGCCCGUCAUCGUCGAAUCCGCCGAAUCCUCCCCCUCCGCCGCAGCAGCAGCAGCCCACCAGAUUAAGAAAUUCCUCGGCAAAGAGUACUCACCACAGCCACACGUCCAGUACAAUGCUAUCAUGCUGGUUCGUAUCCUGUGUGACAACCCUGGCCCGACGUUUACGAGGAAUUUCGACAAGAGCUUCGUGGGUGUUGUGAAGGAUUUGUUGAGGAACUGUCGCGAUCCGAGCACGCAGCAGAUUAUGAGGGAGACGUUGGAUAGUCUUGAGGCGGAGAAGCAGCAGGAUGAGGGGCUUGGUUUGCUGUUCCAGAUGUGGAGGAAGGAGAAGGGGGCGGGCGCGAGUUUUAGACAGAGUCGGGCUUUUGAUGCGAAUGCGUUUGCGUCCGCGCCGCAGCAGCAGCAGAUGGGGAGAGAGGGAAGAGCGAGGGGAACGCUGCCCAGUGCUGGGGAGUUGGCGAGUAGGGUGGAAGAGGCGAAGAAUACGGCCAAGAUUCUGUUGCAGUUCGUGCAGACAACGCCCAGUGGGGAGGUGCUGGAUAAUGAGCUGUUGAGAGAGUUCAGCGAGAGGUGUCAGAGCGCGCAGAGGAGCAUGCAGGGAUUCAUCAAUUGUGAUAACCCGGCGCCAGAUCAUGAUACGAUGCAGACGUUGAUCGAGACGAAUGAGCAGUUGAGCUUGGCCAUGUCAAGGCACCAGAGGGCGGUGUUGGCUGCGAGGAGGGCUUUGGGAACAAGCCCCAGUCCGAAUAACGCUGCUGCAGGUACAGAGAACGGCGGGCACAGCAUGUUCGCAGCACCACCCGCUGGACCCCCACAAGCUGUAUACUCUCAGCAACCAUCAGCAUACACCAACGGCAACGGCAACACCUCCCACUUCCAAGGCUACAGCGCCCCAUCAGGUCCCCCACCCGGCCAACGCAGCAGCUCUCCACCACAACAGAACCCCUUCGCCGAUCCAGUCGAACACAACCCCAACCCAGCACCUCUAGCAAUCGAACCAACCCACUACGGCUCUUACCCACAACAGCAGCAGUCACAACAAGCACCACCCAAACUCCCACCCCACAAACCUCAAAUCGUCGACUUCCAAACCUUCAACAUCGAACCCGAUCCUACCUUCGCGCAAGCACACGCACGCAAGAAUACCCUAGACCUUGAGAACGCGUACUCAGAUUCUGAUGGCAUGGUAUCUCCAAUCCUUUCGCGCAGCGCGAUGAAUACAGGACCAUCUAGUGAAGGCCUCGUCUCCCCAUCGAGCCCACAGCGACCCGCAAUCGGGGCGUGGCAUAACAGUGAGGUUACACCGUCGUAUAUGGGGCGACAGGAGAGCGCGGCGAAUGGGAUUACUAUGCAUGGAGCGCAAAGUGACGACAACGUCCAGGAGAUUGACAGACAUAGCCAGGUGGGAAGACGGGACAGGGAUAGAACGGACGAGAGGGAGAGGUACGAUGUUAGUCCGGUUGAGGCAAGACAGCAGCAUCCGCAGGAGAUGAGGAGGGUUGAGGGGAGUGGGUCGAGGUUCUAG